AUGGGAGUUCGAGGAGCCUUCCACCUUCUGCUCAUGUGCCUGAGCCCAGGUUUGGAUCUUGCCAAGGGCCUCUCCCCUGGAGAGCCGCAGGCCCGGAGUUUGGGGCAGAGCCGACCACCCAAGUUCUGGUUCAGUUCCCCUCACCCAACCCGUUCUCCUCUUCUACUAGCACUGCUGUCUGCUGUGCGGAUCAACGGGGAUGGCCAGGAGAUCCUGUACCUGGCAGAAGGUGACAAUGUAAGACUGGGCUGCCCCUACAUCCUGGACCCUGAGGAUUAUGGUCCCAGUGGGCUGGACAUCGAGUGGAUGCAGGUCAAUUCAGAACCUUCACAUCGGGAGAACGUGUUCCUUAGUUACCAGGACAAGAGAAUCAACCAUGGCAACCUCCCCCACCUGCAGCAGAGGGUCCGCUUUGCAGCCUCAGACCCCAGCCAGUACGAUGCCUCCAUCAACCUCAUGAACCUGCAAGUCUCAGACACAGCCACCUAUGAGUGCCGGGUGAAGAAGACCACGAUGGCUACCCGGAAGGUCAUCGUCACCGUCCAAGCUCGGCCCGCAGUGCCCCUGUGCUGGUCUGAGGGCCACAUGGCGUAUGGCAACGAUGUGGUGCUGAAGUGCUUUGCCAAUGGGGGCACCCCGCCUCUCUCCUACAAUUGGGCCAAGAUCAGUGGGCACACCCACCCCUACCGGGCAGGAUCCUAUCACUCGCAGCACAGUUUCCAGUCUGAGCUGUCCUAUCAGGAGUCCUUCCACAGCUCCAUCAAUCAAGUUUCAGGUGUGUUUAACGGCGAUCUGGUGUUGAAGGACAUCUCCCAUGAGGACAAUGGGCUGUACCAGUGCACGGUGGCCAACCACGUGGGCUACAGUGUGUGUGUGGUGGAGAUGAGGGUCUCAGACUCCCGGCGUGCAGGCGUGAUCGUGGGCGCAGUGCUGGGCUCUCUGCUCCUGUUGGGGUGUCUGCUGCUGGCCAUCUGGGCGCUCACCUGCUGCUGCUGUGGGGGAGCUGGCGGGGCCCGCGGGGCCUUCGGCUAUGGCAACGGCAGCAGGGUCGGCGGAGGGGCCUGCGGAGACCUGUCCAAUGAGAUCAGACUGUAA